AUGGCCAGCCUCCGGAUCGACGAGGCCGCCGGCACCGGCCAGUUCCCGGCCGCCGUCUGGCGGAGCGACAAGGCCAACACCUUCAGUGCCUGGUCUAGCCGCGCCCUCGCCUGGGAGCUCUCCGUCCCGGCGGCGUUCCGGGACCACGAGGCACGCUACGUGGACGCACACGCCGACCGCCUCACUAUACACUGCACCGUCGACGUCCUCCAACACGACUCCGCCGUAGCCACUAGAGACUGCUUCGUUUCCGUGCCACCGCCGCCAAGCAUCUCCGGGGACUUGCACAAGCUUCUCAGGGGCAACUGCCUGCCCGACGUGACUUUCAUCGUCGAGGGCACCGAGAUCCCGGCGCACAAGCUCGUUCUCGCGAUGCGGUCGUCGGUCUUCCGCGCCCAGUUCUUCUACGGGGACAAGGAAGACAUGAAGAAGGAGCGCAGCACGCGGCGCCUCGAGAUCAAGAUCGCCGACAUGACCGUCUCGACCUUCAGGGCCAUGCUCUACUUUAUUUACACUGACGAGCAGCCUAGACCCAAGAAACAGGCAUGCCUUGUUGCCAUGGCGCAGGAGCUACUCGUGGCCGCGGAUCUCUACGGCCUUGAGAGGUUGAGGCUCAUGUGCGAGAAGAUACUCUCCGAGAACAUGGACGUCGACAAUGUCAUGAUGACGCUGAUCCAAAUUCAUGGCAGGCACAGCUGCUGGCAGCUCGAGGCUUGCUGCAUCGAGUUCUUGGCGUCCAACCCGGACGUGUACGGUGCCGUGGAGGCCACGGAGGAGUACAAGGAGCUCGAGAAAGAUUGCGCCGCCUUCAUAAACGAGGUGACAAAGAAAGUAGCGAGGCGUGCGGUGGCCCGCAACUCCUCCCCUCCUUCUUCCAGCCUGCAGCCACACAAGAGCGUGUCGAGGUAUAACCCUAACGCGCUGGUCAGAGGCAGGCACGAUUUCGUGAUCGAGAAUCUACCUCACGCUCAUGAACGCUCCUGCCGCCGAACAUGUCGGGAUCCGUCCUCCGUGUAUACCAGGGUCGGGCACUCGUACGGCCAUGCGCAUUUCGCCACUCUGGAAUCUGCCGCCACCUCACACGACGGCUCUCUCACCGUACACGGUGAAGUCCAGGUGACCAGCGAGUCCCGCACCAGCACCGCGGGCGCCUACGUCGGAGCAGCGAUCAUCGUGCCGCCGACCGAAUUGGCAUGGCAUCUAGAGCAGCUGCUGGCGAGCCAAAAGGGGUCGGACGUCAAGUUCCUGGUCGAACAGUGUGAGAUCCACGCGCACAAGCUCGUGAUCGCCGCACGCUCGCUGGCCCUCCACAAAGUGGUGGUGGAGUCGGCGCGCAACAUGGCCGAGGACCAUGUGAUUAUCAACGGCAUGAGCAGCAUGGUUUUCAAGGCCAUGCUCCACUUCAUAUACACCGACGAGCUGCCGCCUCAUCUCGACAGCCUUGUCCUCUCCAGAGAUUUCGUCACCGUGACCGGAGAUCUGCUCGGUGCAGCGUGCCGGUUCCGCCUAGAGAGGAUGAAGCGGCUGUGCAUCAACUUGCUGGCUGAGAAAGUCACCACGGUGUCCAACUCGCUCGCCACUCUCAAGGUGGCCCGGUGUCACAACUGCCCGGAGCUAGAAGAAUACUGCAGACGGUACAUGGCGUUGCCUCACGUGGCCAACAAACUCACAGAAACUUGCAUCAGCUUGUUUCUAGAUUCUCAACUAGUUUAG